GACAAAAUGAUGUCCGAGAGGGCUUUGUUGAAGGAGCGGUACCAAGAGGUGUUGGACAAACAGAGGCAAGUGGAGAAUCAGCUGCAGGUGCAGCUUAAGCAGCUCCAGCAGCGGAGGGAAGAGGAGAUGAAGAACCACCAGGAGAUCCUGAAAGCAAUUCAGGACGUUACGAUCAAGCGAGAAGAGACGAAGAAGAAGAUGGAGAAAGAAAAGAAAGAAUUCUUGCAGAAAGAGCAGGAUCUGAAAGCAGAAAUCGAGAAACUCUGUGAGAAAGGCAGAAGGUUGCUGAAGGAGCAGGAGGAGAAGGAAAACAAGAUCGCUUCUCUGAUUGCCGAGCAGUCCGAUGAGAAGCAGCUGUGGGAGAUGGAGCUGGAUAAGCUGAAGAACCAGCACAACGAAAUCAACAGGAACAUUCUUGAGGAGACGGAACGGGCCUGGAAAGCCGAGAUCCUCUCCCUGGAGAGCCGGAAGGAGCUGCUGGUGUUGAAACUGGAAGAAGCAGAAAAAGAAGCAGAGCUGCACCUCACCUACCUCAAGUCUGCGCCGCCCACGCUGGAGACCAUGAGGCCGAAGCAGGAGUGGGAGAUGAGGCUGAACAGGAUACGGAUGACCAAGGAAAGCGUCCGAGUAACCCCCUCCUGCCUGGCUGUGGAGGGAGGCACGCGGCUCUUCUCUCCGAUGGGCUUAUUCUAACCAGCCUUCUCUCCUCCCCCUGCUUUUCUUUCUCAGACAGAUUUCAUGCUUACGGCAUUCCAGCCCAACCCAUCCCUUACUCCCAGGCUCCCCUUCCCCAUCGGACCCGUUCCCGUUCCCAUGGUCAUGCCAAGCGCUGAUCCUCGGGCGCUCUCCUUCCCUCUCCUGAACCCUGCCAUCUCCAGGCCCAACCAGCCUUCCCCGCCGCUCCCCGCUUCCCAAGGACGGAACAGCCCCGUAGUGGCAUCGCUCCUUGGCACGCACAGCCCUCACGUGGCUCCCGCUGCCUCCAUCCCUCCUCCGCCGGGCCUGCUCACUCCGGAGUUCCACAGGCUGCAGCCGGCCGAUAAGCUGGAAAAGCUGCUGGAGAAGUUGCUGGCUCGGUUUCCGCAGUGCAACAAGUAA